CCGGCGCGCCGCGCGGCAGCUCCCACCAGACCACCCGCACACGCCCGCCUCGGCUCGGCACGCAUCGCUGCCCGGCCACUGCCGCGUUUCGCUCGGCCUGCUCGUUCUCGCGACGCACAAGCAAGCCGUCUAGGCACUCCGGCUUCUGCUCCGACUCCGUGCAAAUCAAAGGAUGUAGGACGUAACAACCAAUGGUGGACAACCAUGUGCCUUACGGAUCCUGUGCUGGCAGUGGCAGCGCUUGGCAUCAAUAUCAAAGAUUCAUGGACUGAUGAGAAACUGGUGAGGUUCCUGGCAGAGAGGAAAGCCAAGGACCCCCUUCCACAGAACAUACUUGUGGGUCUCGACUUUUCUCUUGUUGAUCCACGAGACUUCACUACUGAAGAUGUUUGGUACAUGAAGUUGUCAGAUGAUCAACAUCCCUAUAACAGUUCUGAAGACGGUAUCACAAGAAAGACCAAAAAUGGAUACUGGAAGUUUAUGGAUUCUUCCAGAAUACCAACAAGUACAGCUAUAAUUGGUGUCAAAAUAACUCUGGAGUUUUAUGAAGGUCAUGCGCUAUGUGGUACGAAAACUGGGUGGGUGAUGCAUGAAUAUCAAGUAGAGCAUAAUGAGGAAGCUAAUCUACCACAGGAUUACAAGUCUUUGUGUAAAGUAUUCCUGAAGGGUGAGAAAAAUAUUAGUGAUGAGAUUCAACAAAAUUCUGACAAUGCAGAUUCUCCUAAGGAUAGCUUCAAAGCUUACCUUCAAUAUCUCGCCAAAAUAGAAGAGCCAAAGCAACCUGUAGAUGCAGACAAGCAGGAAAUCUCUUCUAGCAAAGGACAGAAUGAGCAAAAUACUCAGCAUAUUGCAGAUGGUAUUGAUAUUGAUAAUGUUCUUGCUAAUGAGGACUACAUAGAGUUGAAUGACCUACUCUAUGAUGAUGAUGCUGUUCGCAAUGAUGCUCUUACUCUUGAGGACCUGGAUGACCUUCUAAUCCCACAAGCCUCUGCACCAACUUCAACAAACUCAAGCAAGCAGUCUUCUGCUGUUCAUGAUGCUCUUGAGGAUCUUGAGGAUCUUCUAACCCCAGAAGCCUCAGCAUCAACCUCAGCUAACUCAAGCAAGAGGUCUAUGUUUUCCGAAGAGUGCUUUGAUUGUGAUGCAUUCCUGAGGGAGAUUUUGAAAGACAGUAACUCAAAUGAAGGAGAAAAUAAAGACAAUAAGUUUAGCAUAGCUGCACCUACAAAUUUGGUUAAUGUAGUCAUCAGUCCUUCAGAACAAGGGCUUGUUAAGAUCCAUGAUGACAAUGCCAUAGUGGCUGGAACUUCUCAACACGAGCCAUUUCCAGGAGGUGACAGAGAUGAACAUUCAAGCAGUGGGUUUAAGCAGCGGAGUCCUUCUAAAUCUUCCUGUUUCCCAAGCCGUUCUGACAGUUCACAGAGCAACAUCAAGUGUCGGAGAGAGCAGUCUUCCAGUAAAUUUGGAAAGAUUAUGAAGAAAUACUCCUGCUUCAGAUCAUUAUAGUCGGGUUUGUAGCUUUUGCUCUCUUUUUUGUACAGAAUGGAGCAUAGGGAGGUACAGUACAGUUUUCGUCUUAAUCAUGUACGCACAUUAUACUAUGUACCAAGUCUUCUGCAACACUGGCUGAUUAACGCAACACAUUAGCCUUAGAAGCUAAUAUCUAAUUUGAAGUGACAGGGAACCAACAAGCUGUGGAAUAUUUUCCACCUUCUGUUCAUGUAAUGAUCAUGUGGAGAAUACUUGGCUGAAAAUUGUUUGAAACUGAGACGAACAGCCUAAAUGUCAUUCUGGAUCUAUAGUUUUCUGAUUUUUCUCAUUUGAUGCAGCAAAAAGUGAUUCAUAGUUGCUUCACUUUCUGUAAAUUUCUCUAAUGCAGUUUGUAUGACACAAUUGAACCUUUUAGCAUAUACAAUUGAAAAUCUUUCACUGUA